UUCAGUUCAGUGUGUUCCAGACAUCAGCUGGAGAAGGUGUUCACGAGAGUCUGUCUCAAGUACAAGAACGUGCAAAAGUGUCUUCACAAUUCAGUUUGGUCGCUGCAAAAAUGUCUGGAAUGCUGUUUACUCUGAUGGUGGUGAUGCUGUCGAUGGUGGCGAGCGCACCCGUGCCUCAGAACCGGGACUCUGAACUCAUCACAGGGCCUGUACAGCUCCCAUCGUUCCCCGACAGCCUGGCGCUGCCAGGGGACGGCUCGGUCAUCGGAGAAGUGCUCGUGUCGAGUCCAAACGUCGCGGUCAAGCGCAGCAAGAAAAACAAAGAUAAGAGUCAGGCGAGCGGGCCGAGCUUCGCCGCCCGCACGAGUAGCGACACGGCACAGAACUUCAUCGGUGACACGGUCUUCUUCAGCCAGCCGUCUGCAGUGAUACAGACCUCGUAAAUAGCCAGCAUAUUAGACCAUCUCCGACGGUCUUCUUCAGCCAGCCGUCUGCAGUGAUACAGACCUCGUAAAUAGCCAGGAUACUGGAUAAUCAGUUAGCCUAUAAUGCGAUUUUUUUAGACCAACCAAAUUCAGAAAAUAAUAAACCAGUGGCAAGAUCAAAGCUGAUUAAAAAUGUUAAAUUAUCGUAUUGUUUCAUUGGAAAAUAAUGGAGCAGGAUAUAUUUCAACACGCGCAUGAGAUGGCUUGACUGCAUCGCUUGAACAAAAAGCUAUGAUCUGAGAAAUUUCGAGCAAAAAUUUCACAUCUACACUUGCUCUGUGCUUCAUAUGAUUUGGGUGACGUUGUAAGUAGUUUUAGCGUGCACAUUUAACGUGAAACUAACAUCUCGCCUCCUACUUUAUUUCAUUCUCUCUGAAGAAUCUUUUUCCAGUUCCAUUUUCAACUCCAGUCAAGAACUGAACUUGGUUUCUUCCUAUUACAACAUAAAUAUAUUAUAAGUAAAAAUUGUUAAUACAAGAACUAAGUGAGACCAAAAUCUAGCUAUUGUGAUUGUUACUCGAGGGCAGAAUUUAUACAUCUGUGAAUCGAAUUAUCAAUUUAAAUUCUCGAUAAUAUGUAUUCCAAA